AUGGUGGAGCAAGCUAUGGCCACGGCCCGCACUCUCUUGGUGUCGGCUAAUGACGCUGGUCCACAGUCAGAAGAGCGCCGGUCUUUUGUAAAGCAUCUCAUAACACUUCCGUCCUAUCGCAACCAGCAGGCGACGCAAUUCUUUAGCAACUUCGUCAAGAGAUAUUUCUCGGAAUUUGAAGAUCUGCAGGAUGGGGCGGUGGACGCUGUAUUAGAUCUGUGCGAAGAUGAGGAUGAAGAGACCCGAAUACUGGGUAUCCAGGGGCUGGGAUCAACGGCGAAGGCGGACCCGAGGUGGGUCAGGGGAAAUGCAGGAGUGCUUCUUCAGCUUCUUGAGUGCCCCGAACGGGAGCUCAAAGAGGUCAAGAAGGUCCUGAUUCAUAUGCUUCAGAACUCGCCCAUCCCAGUCUUUGGCGUCAUGGCGGACGACUGCAAAGGCAGCGAGGAGGAAACCGGCGCUUCCCGUCACAAUAUCAUCGACUACCUCUACCGGGAAUGCGGUACCGAGCGUCGAAACUUCCUCGAGUCGGGCCGGAAUACAGCGGCGGAGGAGAUCUUUCGGACGGGCUUCAUGGAGGUUCUCAAAACAGCCACCAAGGACGAGGCCAAGAUGGUCCUGGAAAUGCUGGUCCCCCUCUCGACCAUAUCCGGUCCGACCGCCAAACCCGAAACAACCAAUGCCUUCGCCCGCAGGUUGACCGACUCGAUAUCGAGUCAAUCAAAGUCGCGGGAGAAGCAUGACUACGUCAGGAUGUUCGCCAAGCUGGCUGAGCGGGCUCCAGCCGUGGGCGGCCGGGCGGGGUUAUACUUUCUUAGCAAGCACGGCGAGGCGGUAGUGGUGGCCAUCCUGGACAAGAAGGACAAGGCGGUGGCUGGGCUAAUGAAGCCACUCAGAGGAUGGGUGGAUGAGCUCCUGAAGCUGUGGGAUCGGGGAGGUCAGGAGCAAGCGGAGGGGGACCUGGUCAGGGACUGCUGCGAGCCGAUGUUGGAAGAAGUCUUUUCAUGGCUCAUCGAUCGAAAUACGAUAUAUGACGACCUUGCCAGCAACGGGGCAGUCAUUGAGGAGAUUUUGUACCCAGUCUACAAGCUUAUUCGCUUCCGCGAUCGCAGGCGGGAAAUUGUGCACUCGCUCAGAGUCCGAGAUCUGUCGGAUAUUAUCGCUGGAGCCGAAAAAGUCAGGACGAAAUAUCCCGCCCACUCUGUCAUGAGCAGGUGUAUCAGUAACAUCGGAAAGAUAACGAAGAUCCUCUCUGUGGUUACGGAACGCUUCGAGGACAUUUCACCAUCCUGGGUCGUCGCACCUCCCACGCCCCCUCAGAGACUGGCCCCCGCUCCUGCUAGACCCCCCGUGAUCGCAGCCUACCAGCCCAGAGCUCCUGCCGGCGCAAGAGCAACGGCCGCUACUACACCUCCACUUCCUCUCUCAUCCCGCUUCCCCGCACCUGCCGCUCCGAGGGUACCUCCGACCGCCCCAUCGGGACCUCGCGGAUCUUUACCUCUCGCAGCGGCCAGGAUACCCCCAUCUGGACCAAGUUCCACAGGACCCCGAGUCCCAUCCAACCCAUCCAUACCAUCCGGACCGAGAGCUGCAACCUUCCCUACCCCGGCGGCCAAAGCCGCCUCAGCGGCGUCGAUCGCCACAGCCAUCGACUUGACGGCAGACGAUAUCGAGAUGAAGGAAGAGCCGUCAAGCGGACCGUCCUCCAAUCAGGCUCAGCCUCUGAGUGCCGUUCGUCCUACCCUUUCAUCACCCAAUACACAACGCCUCAACAAUAUCCACAUCACAUCUCAGUCCGGACCUGGCCCCAUAAUACCCAAACCGCCGACCUUCCAACCUACUAUAUCCCCAUCUGCACCUGUACCAGCAGCCUCAACGUCGGGCCUAGCGUCGCGUAUGGGCCCGGUCAAGCGUCAACGGGAAGGAUACUCGCCUGAGCCGCAAUCGUCCGCGCAGCCUCAGCCGAGACCGUCGAUGAGCACCUCUCUAUCCUCUCGGAUAGGGAACGUGGUGAAGACUGAGGAGCCGGAGAUGAAGCGGAGUCGGGCGGCGGAAGACGUCAAGCUGACCUUGUCGGACCGGCUGAGGAAGGGAAAUGGCGCCGGCUCUCCUUCGUCCUCGUUCUUGCCACCUUUCCCUACCUUCCCCACCUCGGAAUCCGACAUCAAACCAUCCAUCUCUAUAAAAUCCUCCACCUCCCCACCGACCCCAUCAUACAACCGAUUCGGGUCCGACGCGAAUGGCGAUCCCUCCUCAUCCUCCACCGCGGCCACUUCCGUCCCAAUCACCAAGCCCACCGGUACAUUUUCCAUCCUCGGACGGUCCGCUGUCGAUGCCUCACCGGCGCCAAAAGUCGAGGAGAUCGAGUACAACAAAAAGGGGCGUGGACUCCCGGAGAACAAGCCUAAGGAGGAGGCUGGGUUUGUCCCGCCGCCUAGCAGGCCGAUUCCGGCGCUAGUGGCGCCAGAGCACGCCAGGCCUUGGCGCCCGUCCCGGUUAGUGCGACACACCGGUGGGCGACACGACGGAGUCUUCGGCGUCGCCAUCCAAGAUCUGGCCAUGUCGCCUGGCGGCGUCCCGGGGCUUAGGCCCCCCUCCCAUCCACGAGGUGUUCAGUUGACCGGCGGAGGGCAGGCCUUAUUGGCCAGGAUGGGGGUAAAUACGGGCAGGUGA